AUGCACGAGAAUUUAAUGGCGCAAGUUGGCACAACCUCUAUCCGUCGUUGGAUUCCAGAAGUAGAAGAGGGGUUGAAACCAAUAGUUGAAAAGACAACUUUCUCUUCAGUUGAUGCGGCGUUUAACUUCUACAACCAUUAUGCAAAGAAGGCAGGCUUCAGUGUUCGUAGAGGAUCAAAUAAAUACAAUAAGAGUCAAGAAGAGAUCUGGAAGAUGUUUGUAUGUUCGAAGGAAGGGACGACAGAUAACAAGGUACAAAUGAAGCAUGGUGUAGUAAAGAGGCGACGGAGUAUUACUCGAGAAAGUUGUAAAGCUCGCAUGACAAUUAAAAAAGAGGGCAGUGGACCAAACUAUAUAGUGAAAAAGUUUGUUGAGGAGCACAGUCAUGAGUUAGCAACUCCUCGAAAGAAACAUCUUCUUCGAUCACAUCGUGAGGUUUGUAAUGCGCAGAAGAAUUUGGAAAAUACAUUCACUCAAACAGGCAUAGGCAUUUCGCAAACUAUGAAUGUUUUAGCAAUUGAAUCAGGUGGUUACGAAAAUAUUGGAUGCAUUGAACAAGACAUGAGAAAUUAUGAAAGAGAUAAAAGAAAAGAAACCAAGGACCAUGAUGCUCAACUAUUGUAUGAACAUUUUUCUGAAAUGAAGGAAUUGGAUCCAUCGUUCGCAUAUAAUGUGAAGGUUGACGUGGAGGGCAGAUUAACACAUUGUUUUUGGGCUGACCCGAUUUCACGUAAGGCUUAUCAUCACUUUGGUGAUGUUAUAGUAUUUGACACCACGUACAAUACAAACCACUAUGAGUUAAUAUUUGCACCAUUUACAGGGGUUAAUCACCAUGGGCAAUCAAUUAUACUGGGUUGUGGUUUUAUCCAUAAUGAGACCACUGAAUCUUUUAUCUGGUUGUUUGAGAAAUGGUGUGAAGCAAUGCCAGGGGACCCACCGAAAGCGAUCAUAACAGAUCAAGAUCCAGCGAUGACAAAAGCCAUUGCUAUUGUAUUUCCGAAUGCUUUCCAUCGUUAUUGUAUUUGGCAUAUUUUGCAGAAGGUCCCUGAAAAGUUAGGUCACAUAGCUUUCAAAGAUGAAUUUAAAGUACCUUUUUAUGAUAGCAUAUGGAAUUCUGAGAAGCCCGAAGAUUUCGAAGUAAAAUGGAGCAAAGUUAUUGAAGAAAAUGAGUUGGAUCAUAAUGAUUGGCUUGCUUCUUUAUUCAACAUUCGUCACAAAUGGGUACCAGCAUAUCUAAGACAUGUUUUUUUUGCGGGUAUGUCUAGUAGCCAACGAAGUGAAAGCACGAAUGCAUUUUUUCGUAAAUAUGUGUCGAAGAAUAACUCGUUAAUGGAUUUCAUAAUUCGUUUUGAUCGUGGAGUAGCACGACAGAGACACAAUGAGUUAGUUGCCGAUCAUGAAACGAUUAGUAGCAAGCCAAAGUUGAAAACUUUAUUCGCCAUGGAGAGAGAGCUUGGAGAGACUUAUACUCGGUCUAUUUUUUAUAAAUUUCAAGAAGAGUUGUAUGAAAGCACUAUUUAUACUGCAAUUCUUUUACAAAAGAUGGAAGGCGUUUGCAUUUACAAUGUUGGAGUAUGUGAAGGAACAUCUCCCGAACGGCUAGUUGAAUUCGAGAUGGAAUCUAAACAAGCAAAAUGUAGUUGCUUAAAAUUUGAAUUUGAGGGCAUACCAUGUAGGCACAUAUUAUGUAUACUACGACAAUCUCGGAUACCCAAUUUGCCAGACCACUAUAUUUUGAAAAGAUGGACAAGGGAUGCUAAACUGGAUUUUGUUUACGAAGCGAGUAGUGUGGAGUUAAAUACAGAGAAACAUGAAUCGUAUGCUCUUCGAUAUAGCAAUUUGUUAGACAUUUCUAGAAAUCUUGCCAAAGAAAGCGCUAAUUUUAAAGAGACAUAUCAUAUGUGUAAAGAAGGGCUACAAGAUAUUCUCAAACGAGUUCAAGAUCAGAAGUUGGUUGCUGGUGAGACAUUGGUGCCUAAAAAUAAGAAACAAAUAAAGAAAAUUACUAAAGUAAUCAUUAAAGACCCGGUGCGUGCUAAAACUAAAGGAAGUGGAAAAAGAUUAAUUUCUGAAAGGGAAAAGGUUGCUCGUAAGAAAGAUAAAAGAAGAUGCAAUGGAUGUGGGAAGUGGGGUCCUGGCCAUGAUAAACGUAAUUGUCCAAUAUGGAAAAAACUAAUAAGAUCUCCCGCAUGCCAAGAACCAUCAAUGAAUGAAGUUGAUAUGUGUGAAGAACCAUCAGAUGACGAGGUUGAUUGUAUGAAGAACCAUCGGAUGAUGAGGUUGAUAUGCAUGAAGAACCAUCGGAUGACGAGGUUGAUAUGCAUGACGAAACAUUAG